GAUCUUCAUGGAGAAAUACCACAGGGGUCCAAACUUAUUCGUUAAUUGGUGGGGGAGGAGCGUCGGGCCGUCGGCGGGUGUAAUAGCAAUAUUUUAAUGAUUGAAAAAACAUACUCUUCACUUUCCAGAUGAUAAGAAUGAAUUUCUCUUGGAGGCCUACAUGUUUAACGAAUAAGCGCUGUAGAUUUUUGCCAAAAGAGGUUAUCUCUAUGAUUUUGGCUUGACUCUUCAAAUCGGCAUCUAAAAGUAGACGGAACAUUCAUUCUGCUCGAUCGAUGGUAGAAUAAUUUUCCGUGUCUGAAGAUCUGGUGACGGUAUUUUUUAUUUAAAAAAUACUGUGCUGGCUGGUGCCUUAAUUCAUCAAGCAGAAAUCAACAGACCAGGAGUAAUUGUCUUAUGCAUCAAGUUAUUGUAAUAUUAAUGCAGUGCUGUAACGUUAGGACGAUAAAACUAAUUGCAUCAUGGAUAUUGUACUGAAUGUAUUGGAUGCCAAUCUUCUCACACCAUACAACAUCUACCCAGAAACAUGGUCAGAGGACUACUGGCUUAGGCAGGCCCUAAGCCUGUUUGUAGUUGUCAAUCUUGGAGGUGCUAUCCUGUAUUUUCUAUUGGCUGGCUUGAGUUAUCUCUUCAUCUUUGAUCAAAGACUGAUGCAGCAUCCGAAAAUUCUGAAGAAUCAAAUCAGAAAAGAGAUCAUGUACACACUGUGGUCUAUUCCUUUCAUGGGCAUCCUCACAGUAGUCAUGUUUAUGCUAGAGGUCAGAGGUUAUAGUCAACUAUACGACAGCUUUAGUGAGAGUCAACUUGGAUGGUUUCGUUUGCCGUUGGAAGUGAUGUCCUUUCUGUUCUUCACCGACAUGUGUAUCUACUGGAUCCAUCGCUGGCUUCACCACCCCUUCGUCUACAAACACCUUCACAAGAACCAUCACAUGUGGAAAGUUCCCACUCCGUUUGCUAGCCACGCGUUCCACCCCAUUGACGGGUUCCUGCAGAGCUUCCCAUACCACAUGUACCCGUUCUUCUUCCCGCUUCACAAAGGGGUGUACCUGACCAUGUUUGUCUUCGUCAACUUUUGGACAGUGAGCAUCCACGAUGGCGAUUACCGCGUCCCAGAAACCAUGAAGCCGUACAUCAAUGGUUCGGCCCACCAUACGGAUCAUCAUCUCUUCUACAAUUACAAUUACGGUCAGUUCUUCACCUUGUGGGAUAGGCUUGGAGGCUCCUUCAGGAAUCCCUCUGCCUUCGAAGGUAAUGGUCCUCUGGAAGAUGUCAUCAAGAUGGCUAGUAAUGGCUCUCUUUCGUGUCAGACCAAGGCAAAAUCAGAGAAUCCAAGUUUGAAUUGUGAAUCCAAUGGUUACAACCUCAGAAAGCGCUAAGCGAUCACUUAACUGAUUCAUGAUAGACAUUUUGAUGAGCUAAAUCGUUCUGCUUUUUUUUUCACUUAUUGAAGCUGUAUUAUAUCUAAUUGAUACAUGUAUGUCACACUCUCAAGGAUGUUCCUGGAGGACUUGACUUUGGUUUUGGGUCUCUUUACAAAGUGUUUUGAAAUGCCAAAUAAGAAAAACAACUUGAGUAAGCCUGAGUCGAAUCGAUUUUAAAAUCGAUGUUCGAUCGAUGUCAUCGAACGCCGGUGCAGAUUUUGCAAAAUCGAUGCAUCGAAAAAAAAAAAAAAAAUACGUCGGCCGGCCGAUUCAUUUGGUUCACACAAUCAGACAUCAAAAUAAACAGUAAUAUCCAACUUGACUACUACUUACUUCAUUUAUAUUGCCCCCAAAAUGAAACCGAUUGUGUAAUUAUGAUGCCUAUUCACCAUUAAUUUGAAGUUUAUUUCGAUCAUAGUUCGAGUCUUGCUCGUCUGCCCGGCUCGUCUGCUCGUGCCAAGAUAAUUUAUGCACGAUGAAUUUAUGAAUGGAGGAAGUCGCCAUUCAUCGUGCAUGCGCAGUACCGUACUGUCAAUCAUAUCAGAAAAUGGCCGGAAAAUUGAUGCGAUCAACGUAAAGUAUAUCUUGCUUUUCAUGAACAAUAUUAAUAUCAUGACCAUAGAACAUGAUUUAAUCGUAAUAUUUAACAAUAAUUUGCAUAUGAUAAUCAUUAAUAUGAACUUAGAGCUUGAUGUGAAACGUUUGUAUUUCGUUUAAAUUUUCAAUGGCGGACAUCACAUGACGAUCGACUUGAGUGAGUGCACUUGUCUAAAAAAAUAAUUAUCACGUUAGGAUUGAUUAUCGAACAUUGUCAACAUGUAGAAACUCUUUUGAAGAUCGUAAUAUCACCAUAUAAUAAUAUUUUACAUGACAAAACAGAGAAAAAUUACGUUUGAUUUUUUUCCCAUCAAUAUGAAGCUUGUUUGUGCCCAACUUUGGGCUCUGAUUUCAUGAAUGGAAAAUAUGUCAGACGUCAUCGAACGCGCAUGCGCAUUGUGCUUCUUUUCUCGGAGCCGGAGCUCGGAGACGUCCAGAGAUGGAAUAAAAAAUAAAAAUAAUGCCAGUAUAAUACUAUUAAUUCUUCCAUAUGAACAUAACAUACUUUGCUGACAUCGUCAAUUCUUUUAGUAUGGCCAUAAGAUCUUAUUAAAUCGUAGUUAUUUAAAAUCCAAUAAUAAUUUAUAUGAAUUUAGAGCUCGAUCCAAGAAUUCGUAUUUAUUUCGAUCACAAAGCUCUUGUGUCUAAAAAAAAUGGAUUAUCAUUAUCAGGAUUAAAUCUCGAACAUCGCCAGAACUCAUAUUCCACAAUCUUUCCUCACAAUCGUUAUAUCAGCAUUGAAUACCAAUUCAAAUGACCAUCCAGAGAAAAUUACGUAUUUAUUCCCAUCAAUUUAUUUGGAGCUAAUUUUGGAUCUAACUACCCCGCCAACUACACAAUCUCAGGCAAGUUACAACGCUCUCCCCGCUGUUUGCACUUGUUAGAUGGCGCUGGCAAGCACGCCUGUCGUUUCGGGAGAGUGAGUGUACGGGGCUGGUGUGUGCGAGUCUGGACUGCGAAUGCUAGUUGACCGAAAAUCAUUCGGAUCGACUCUGCGUGAUUCAUGUCUUUAAUAUUGUUUCAUUUUAAACUUAUAUCUUAUCAUCUGCAAAUAUCAUUGUUGAAGAUAUUUUGGGAAGAAUUCUGCAUUGCUCCCCGGCCUUUUUUGUGUUUUGUGAUCAUGGGAAAUACAAACGAACUUUGCUCUGUCAUUUGCUUUUGCAACGCUCACCCGGCCAGCGCAGACCGUCAUGUGCAUGUAGUGCAUGCAUAGCGCAUGCAUCGACGGCCGGCCGGAGCCAAAAAAAGACUUGAUUUUCCCCGCCUUCAAAUUUCGAUGCAUCGAUGUUCGAUCGAAUUAAAGCUGUCGAACACCGGUUUUCAAAAUAAUCGAUAUGACUCAGGCUUAAACUUGAGCCAUCUUCAAAUCUUCUUUCUGGCAACAUACAUUUUGUGGAAAUUGUUCAUAAAUGUUCUGUUGAUUAUGCAAUAUUGUUAAUAUAUGGAUAUUAAAUGAAUAUUUUGAUGAAUAUUUUGAAAUGCAAAAACAAUAAUUCCUCAGUUGUUUGUCCUGAAUACAUCAUGUAUAUGAAUAAAAUUCAAGCUAAGUUAUGUAUAGAUAUAUACGUGAACAUAGAUGUGGUUGUAUAAAAAUGAGACAUACAUAACUGACCAGGCAAAAAUAAAAACUUUUCACAACUUAGUACUGCCUAAAUCUGCAACUUAGGAUAAGCUUUACCCUUGCAAUGAAUGUGGAUUUCCAGGGCUCCUUUUUUUUAGUCUCCAGGGCUAUUUUGAGAAUUUUGGGGGCUAAUUCGCCCCCAGCCCCUGUGUAAUUGUCUCCCUGUAACUGACAGAAUUUACACACACACACACACGCUCCCUUGCACACAAAGAAAGGGGGUAAAUAAUGAAAUCUCCCAAAUGAAUUGUGUAAAUUUGUAAGGACUCAACAUCUGCAUAGAUAAAAUGUUAGUUUAAAGCAUUCACAAGAGCUAUAUACAAUGUAUAAGCUAAGAACAUGCCAUGAGGGCUACACCUUCGCAAUAGUUUAAUUGUCGAAUCAUGCCAAAAUUGUUUGCUAUGGCAAAUUUCAGGGUAGCUGAUCAAACUUUUUCAUUUAUUUGUGAAAAUCCUAAUUUCAUUUGCUCUGUCCAGUCAGUCCGCAAGCCCUGAAAAAGUAGCUUCUUUUAUCCAAGUGAUAUUCAUGACAAGAGGGUUUUUGCAUAGUUAAUGAGCUUGGUGCGAACCAAAACACCUCUUUUUAUUCGGCCAUUGCUGCUCUAAAUAUUGACCAAAUUUCAUGUUUUUGGUAUCUUUGUAAAGAAGAAGAAUCAUUCUUUUAGGUCAUGUGUUUGGAUUUUUAAAAAAAUGUUGUAAUAUAGGAAAAACUUUUGAUCUAAAACAUGAAACAAAAUAUUUUUUUUCAUGCAACAAAAGUUGUUGUUUUCACACUUAAUUUCUGUUUAGGCACAAAUGAUUUUUAAAUCAUGAUAAAGCUGAAGAUUUAAGCUUUAAUAUGAUAUAAUUUUUAUAAGAAGAUGUAUUUUAGAUGGGUCAGCAGCCAGCUUUUCAUAGGCCAAGUACAUUUUGCAGCUCAAAAACAAGAAUACUGCACUCUGAUUGGUCAUAGACCACACACCCACGCAAAUUCCAAUGUUCCCCACACUGGGCCUCUGCAAGGUCACACUCACCGUGUGGUAAUCUCUUCAAAUUACCCGCGCCUGUUUGUUUUGAAAACAGUAUUCAGCCAAUCAGAACUCUGAAUUUUAUGUUACUCAGAAAUUUCAGAAAUCUCGUCUUGCAUCUUGAUGGAUAUAACUGGCUGCUGACCCAUCUAAAAGAUGCCACAUAUCAAGAGUGACAUUGUAAGGAAGUAUAGAGUUUGAGCUUUCUGAUGAUAUAAAUAAUGUUGGUGCCUAAAACACAAAAUGUUGCACAAUUUGCAAGUGAAAACAGAGGAAGAAAAUUCUGUUUGAUGCAUCUUUUCAGGUAAAAAAUUCACUUAUUUAUCAAAAUAUUUCAUUCAAAAGAAAUGACCAAUAUAAAAGGGUAACAUUUACUCUUGCCCAUGGUACAAAAAUAAUCAAUAUUACUCAAGGAAAAAGUGGUUAAAUUCUUUGAGAAAGAAAGUCUCACAAUUCACGAGAUUUUGCAGGGACAUGAAUUCAGCCACGAGAGGACUUGGAUAAAUCUUGCUCAUUUGCUCAUUAACACAGGGGAUUGCGGACUGACUGUGUCAUUUUCAAUCGUUAGUAUACAGGUGCAUAUGUACAUUGUGCUAUGCAGUGUGUCUUUACUGUUUAUCUGUCAAAUUGUUAAAGACCCGACUUUUGGACUUACUUGGCUACACAGACAUAAAAGCAAAUAGAUAACGAUGUUUGUGUACUCACCGUUAUCAAGAAAAGAAAACUUUAUAUAUAAGCUCCUACUUGUAUAUAAAUGUCCAUAUUGGCAGAUAUUUAAAACCUUGCUUGAUACAAAUGCACACAUGUAGCAUAAUAAAGUAAACAGUAUUGUAGAUAUUGAAUUAAUAGAUUAUUUACAUGUAAAUGCAUCGUAGUAUUGCAUUAUCGUUAUUAUAAUUAGUAUUAUGAAAAAUGGUCUGACAUGGUGUGUGAUGACUUUGAUUUCUCUGUGCUGCUUCACUCGCAAAGGAUUGAAAAUCCGAAGAGCCUGUGACAGCAAAGUAUUUACACUUUUGUGUGAUGUAAAAUGAUCUAUUUAUAGUAUAUGUCUUUUGUUACACAAGUUUUGGUUUAUUUUGCUUUGUAAGUGAGAUUAGUUGUCUUCAAUACAAUCAAUUACGAAUGAUUUUUCCUUAUUAUAUCUUUCCUUACUGAAGGAACUCCUCACCAAAGCAGUUUGUUUUUAAUAUUCCUAUCAGUCCUGUGUAAGGGAGAAGUCACACCAUUUGCAUUUUAAAGAACCUACUUUGUUCAAAAAUAGUAGGGAAUUUUUUCCCAGUGAAGUACAUGUAGUUAUCAUUUUUUAUUUACUCCAUUCACUUUGUUUUUCAUUCCAUAGAUCAUAUAGAUAAAAUGAAGAAAACAAGUCCUACCAUUUAGCAUUCUUUUAAUAUUCAGAAAUAUUGUGUUGGUAGUGUUGUUAAACCUCGAUCAAUUUAUCAAUCUCUCAAUCAGUUGGUACAGAAUACAUCCAUGGUCCCGUAUCACCAAGGUUAGCGAUUAAUGGUACGCUUGAUUUUUACGAUUGAUUGUACAUUGUAGUCAAUGGCAUCAAUCAUAGAAAAAUGUUCUAAGAUCAUUGCUAAGCUUUGUUGUAUGGGCCACAUGAAUGCACUCAAAAUAUAACCUUUGUCCAUCAAGUGACUAAUUGUA